UGAACUCCAAAAAUCUAACUUUUUGUGCUCUCCCUUCUCUUCUUCCUCGUCCUCCGCCGUCUAAUCCAUCCAUGGCUGCCCCAAGGAAGCCCUUGCUCCCCUCCCACCGCCACAACUCCUCCUCCUCCCCAUCCUCCCUCCCCACCCUCCACUCGCCGCCCUCCGCCCACAACAAGGAGAACCUCGCCCCCGUCGUCUGCCUCACCGUCUGCAACGGCAAGAAGCCGGUCGACGUCAAACCUCCCGCCGCCCUCAAGCCCUCGAUACAGAUCUGCAUGAGUCUGGGCGAUCCUUCUUCGCGUUCCUGGGAGCCGCUCGCCGCCUCGUCAUCCUCCGACGUCUGGGACCAGUUCUCCGACUCCGAGUCUGCGCCGGCGUCCUCCUGGGCGACGCUACCCAACAGGUCGUUGUUGUAUAGGCCUCUGCCUCUCGAUGUUGGGCGAUGCACUUGUGUGAUUGCCAAAGAGAAGCCGCAAGGGAGUAAGGGGUUGGCUCUCUACACCAUGUACACCAAUGAAGGUCAUGGACGACAAGACAGGAAAUUGGCUGUUGCUUGGCACAGAAGGCGAAAUGGCAGGUCGGAGUUUGUCAUAGCCCAGAACCCUAAGGGGAUUUUCUACAACUCAGAUGAGAGCUUCUUAGGUAGCAUAACAGCAAAUCUCAUGGGUUCCAGAUAUCAAAUAUGGGAUCAGGGAAACAGAAUAGACUCCACAAAGAAGAAGUCUAAGCGUCUUCUAGGCGUCGUAGUAUAUAUUCCUACCAUUACUACCAUAACAGGAAACCAUAGAAGUUUGCAGGCAUGGAUACCAAAGUCACAAUCGAUGCAACUAAAGAGUUCAAAUUCCACCCAGAUCCAACACAUUAAUGGACUUCCGAAGGACUGGGAGGAAAAACGAAGCAAAGUGAAUCAACUUAUCUCAAGGAUACCUUUCUACAAUACUUUCACUAGGAGGCAUGAACUAGACUUCAGAGAAAGAGCUGGGAGAACAGGACCUAGGAUUCAAACUUCAGUCAAGAACUUUCAGCUAACAAUGGAGGAUAAAGGAAGGCAAACAAUUCUGCAGCUGGGGAAGAUUGGGACAUCAAAAUAUGUGAUGGAUUACAGGCAUCCGUUGACUGGUUACCAGGCAUUUUGCAUUUGUUUGACUUCCAUUGACUCCAAGCUUUGUUAUUCAGUUUAAGGGUUUGACUUUUCCUUAACUUAGUUCAGGACUUUUGUAGUUGAUGUUGUAAGUUUCAAGCUUGUUUUAAUUUAGUGACAUUGACUGUGUGCCGCAUAAACCUCAAAAAAGGAUUUUACUUGUGUUUUAGACAUUUAGUUAAAUUUAGUGGAGAAAGUUUUUUCA